GCGGAAGGAAAUGUAGGUAGAACCCGGAUGUUGAGCCGGCUUUCAACAUGGAGGCGUCCAUAGAGAGAGGUUCCUGAAGGAGACUAAUUUCUUCGUACGUUUUUCUGCAGUAAUGUUCUGUUUCCUGACAGUCAGUGUGAUGGGUCCACAAUGAACAGUACCCGCUGCCUUCUCCUGCUGCUUGGCCGGUCAGGCAGGUCUGCUGUCCAGCAUGCUGCUCUGCUCCAGUCAGCCUCUUCCAGUCAGCCUAGUGUGCUACAGAGCAAGGUGUUGAGGCAUUUCCAUGGCAGCUCAGCGUGUGCCAAGAAUCGACCUGUACCUGGACAGUUCAAUGAGGACGACAAGAAGAGGGACAGGUCUUUGGUCGCCCAUGAGGACCUGUUUGAGCAGCUGGCCAAAGACGUCAAAACCAAGGCCACGUUUAACAAAGUGAUCGAAGUCUUCACCAAGAGAGACAUAAGGCGACGGGGUCAUGUAGAGUUUAUCUAUGCUGCUCUGAAGAAAAUGCCGGAGUUCGGCGUGGAGAGAGAUCUGGCCGUCUACAACAAGUUGUUGGAUGUGUUCCCAAAGGAGGUGUUCGUGCCCAGAAACUUCAUCCAGCGAAUGUUCAACCACUAUCCCCGACAGCAGGAGUGUGGAGUGCAAGUUUUGGAGCAAAUGGAGAACUAUGGUAUUAUGCCCAACGUCGAGACAAAAGUCCUGCUGGUUCAGAUCUUUGGAGAGAAAGGCCAUCCCGUAAGGAAGUACCAGCGCCUCAUGUACUGGUUUCCUAAGUUCAAGAACAUAAACCCCUUCCCCGUCCCAAAGCAGCUGCCUGAAGACCCAGUGGACCUCGCUCGCUUCAGCCUGACUCGCAUCGCUAACGACCUGGAUGCUAAAGUUACUGUCUACCAGCUGCCUCAUACAGACGUCACAGAGAGCGGAGCAGAGAUCACACUUCCACAUAUAAUAGGUAUCCAGAGCCCGAGCCAGAUGGAGCUGCUGGCCAAACACAACCCCAACAGGCCGGUGUUUGUGGAGGGUCCCUUCCCUCUCUGGCUGAGGAAGACGUGUGUGUACUACUACAUCCUCAGAGCUGACCCUACACCUCCAGAAGAAAAGGUAGAGGAGCUCUAUGAUCCAGAGAGGUGCUUGGACUAUCCUCUGCAGCUGGACCUCGAUUUGGACCGAGACUUUGGGGAUGAGGAGAGCUUCGAUGUUGAAGACUUGGAUGAAGGUCCAGUCUUUGCCAUGUGUAUGACCAGCCAGGGAGACCAGGCCACCCUCAAUCAGUGGAUUUCUGGCCUCCAGGAGAACAACCCCAUCCUGGGUCAGGUCCCCACUCUGUUUCGCCUGGACUCUGGACCCCGGGAGCUGCAAGGCGUGGCUGACGGCGAGUCACACCACAGCUACCAGCCUCACCCAGAGACCCAGGGACAGGAGCCGGAGCCUGGAGAAGAAGCUGAAGUUAUUGUGGAAGAAGAGCCGAGAAGAAGCCAGGGGACGAAGCAGUGAACAGCAACUGGACUGUGUGGUCAAAACUGCUGUACUUUGGCUUGUUUAGAAGUAUUCUUCCACGCUAACUUGAACUAGCAUGAAACAUGGACUCAUUUUAGCAGCAAAGACAACAGAACUGGAGGAGAGCUCUGAAAAUGUUGGAAAGGUUCAGAUAAAUAAAGCUAUACACAAUUUA